UACCAACAUUUACAUAAUAGAGAAAAGAGAGGCACAUUUAACUGCACUUAUCAAAUACCUGCUAAAAGAUAUCAAUAACCACCCUUCUCUAAUCUGGUUUUUUUCCCCGCUUCAAGAAUUUGACCGUGUCCCUUUUUUCUUUUUCUUUGUCUCUCUCUUUUUCUACUCAAUGGCCGAUAACGUUUGUCAUUCCAUUCUGAGAACCGCCACACAGCAAAUUAUCCAAAGUGCAGGAUUCGAAGGCGCCAAUAAUCAAUCUAUUGACACGCUCACGGAAGUCUUUGAAAAAUAUAUUGAAUUACUAGGCUCUACUGUAACAGCUUACGCAAACUUAAAUGACAGAACGACAGGCACUGCAAGAGAUGUGUCUGAAACAUUAGAGGAGCUGAAUAUUGAUGCGAAAGGGUUGAGAGAAUGGACGGAGAAAGAUGGUAAAGCACUCAGUCCAUCUUGGUCAGCACAAUCGGAUCCUGGUCGAUUAUUACAAGGCGUGAUUAAUGGUGGUAAACCAACGUUUGAGGAUAUCCUUGAGUAUCAAUUUGGCGAUGUUUCGGAAUUUGAGCUUUUGUCGCCUACAUUAUGCCCAGAUGCAGACUUAUCAACAGCCACAGCCACAACAGAUGAUAUCGAAGAGGAUACAGAAGAGUCACCUGCAACGCCUUCCAAUAGUGCGAGAAAGCAUUUACCAGACUAUGUUCCAGCUUAUUUCCCGUCUUUCCCUGCUGAAAUGAAAGACGAAGAUGCAGAUGAAGCAGCAGCUAAUAUGUUAAAGCAACAGCAGUUGGAAGCCGAGAAACAAAAACAACUGCAGCAGAAACAGCAACAAUUACAAUCUUCCGCAUUACCUUUACCUAAUGUCGUAAAGAAAAGGAAGAAACCGAUUGAUAAUCCAUUUACCCAUCUUAUACCAUACGAGGAUUCCAGUUUAGCUUUAGAAAGUACUGAAGUGGAUACUGUGAAAAGCACUGCUUUAAGCAAUGAGCAGUCAGGUGCACAACAGCCAUCACCCGUUUCGCAUUUAUCACAAGCGCAACAACAAAAGCCUUUGUUCUUAUUACUCAAACAAUCCACAAAACGCAAUGACACAGCGGAUGCAGAAGAGGAGAACAGUACGGAUGUCAUGCAUCACAACAGUAAACGAAGAAAGUCGAAGCAUUCAACUACGACACGAUCUUUAGCACAUGCAUUACAACAUUUGACAAAGUCUGAUUACCAGCUAGGCGAAGGACUUAUGGUAACAGAGGAGGGUAGAAGGGUGUGUAGCGAACAAUACAAUCAGUUGUUACAGAAACAGGUGGAAAAUUCAGCAGCACCUGGCAAUCAUAUGUUUUACCAUGAAGAUCGCAUGCUGGAUGAUAUUGUCCAAUGUAUCGCUCCUCCGAUCGCUGUUUCAAAGUUGAUGGCCCCCAACUUAUUAACGGAUGUGGCUAUUGUUUCGAGUGGCAGCAGUAGCAAUAACAACCUUUCCUCGAUGCCCGGGACACCAACGACUUCCACUCAAACGAGCGGUAUGUUGGUCUCCUCCAGAGCAGGAUCACCAGAGACAGCACACCAUAAACCGAGUAAAUAUCAAUCCAACAGUAUGUUGGCUGCUUUGGCCAAAGGUGCGAGCGUGAAGAAGAAUUACAAUAAGAAGUUUGGAAAAACCGGUUUGGCAAUCAGUAAACACAGCGUGGAUAUUAAUGCAAAGAAAGUAGGCGAGAGUAAAUAUCUGAUGAAGAAGAGGAAAAUGCUCGCAGAGAAGCAGGCCGCUUUGGAACGUCAGAGACUUUUAGAGGAAAGGUUGAAAGAAAAUCCUAAUGCCGACGUUGCGACACUUACAGCAGAGAUUGAACGGGAACAACAGUUACAACAACUACAGCGACAACGACAACAGCAGCAGCAACAGCAGCAACAGCAAGAGGAUCAUCCUCUACACAAGAUACCAACAUCGCCACCCAACAAUAUCACGGUAGACCAUUCAUAUUCUUAUAAUCCAGGCCCACAACGAAAACUAUCCUUCUCCGUAGAGCAAGAACGACGCGGUUCGAAUGAGUCGUCCUCGUCUGUGGGAAGCUCACCUCUUCCACAAGCACCCAAUGAAGCUGCCGCGUCAACCGCUAAAACAGGGCCUAUUUCUUUGUCGUCUUAUCUGGCCAAUUCGACUACGCCUUCCACAUCAUCUACUGUCGUCGUAGAAAAGAAAAAGAAACAAAAAAAAACACCUAGUUUAACAUUAAAUUUAUCACAAAAUAAGCACCGUUUGUCGAACGGAGACAACUCAGCAGCAGCAUCGCCAACAGGUAACACACCACGCAUUCGAUUCAAAUUAAAACCUCCUGAACAACAAACACCUACAUUGGAAAGCCCUGAUAAUGCAAAGCCUAUCUCUAAUGGUGGCGCGAUGAAGCCUACCACGACAGCACCAUCCGACUCAACAAAACCAGUGAGUGCUGGACAACUGAAUACCUCACGCCCCUAUUCUACAUCAUUCUCGUCACCCUCGUCACUCGUUAAUGCUGAUACCGUGAGUGAACCCGUACCCACAACAACCGUCAUGAAUAAAAAUCAUCAUACUACCUCUUCCCCUACUCCUACAGCGAGUAUCAAGAUGAACAAACACAAUAACCAUCCUAUGCAUUUUACGAUACCAAAUACUACUACUACUUCUUCCUCCUCUCCUUCUUUUAAUGACUAUUCCGCAUACCCAUCAACAGCAGCAACAGCAACAGGAAAUGAAGAAAUCAAUUGUAUUUGUGAAAACCCAUCAGUGGAUUAUGGUACUUUUAUGAUUGCUUGCGACCAAUGUAGUACUUGGUUUCAUGGUAGUUGUAUUGGUAUAGCAGAAACGGAUCCGAUUGAAGAAUGGUAUUGUAAAAGAUGCCGAAGGGGAGGACGUCCAUGAAGCCUCAACCACGUAUGAUUUCUUUUUUUUUUUUUUUUUU